AUAAAGACCGCAGCUCGGGGGGAGCUUGCUGCACGCCGGCGAUACCUCUUCCUCCUCGCCUCACGACCCAUCCCGUGCACGCUGCUGCUCUCGCCAUGGCCGCGCUCACCAAAAAUCCUCAGUUCCAGAAGCUGCAGGAAUGGCAUCGCGAGCACGGAUCUGACCUCAACUUGCGCCGCCUUUUUGAAGCGGACAAGGAACGUUUCAAUCACUUCAGCUUGACACUGAACACCAACCAUGGGCGUAUUCUGCUGGAUUACUCCAAGAACCUUGUGACAGAGGGGGUGAUGCAGAUGCUGGUGGAUCUGGCCAAGUCCAGGGGUGUGGAGGCCGCCCGGGAGCGCAUGUUCAAUGGCGAGAAGAUCAAUUUCACCGAGGAUCGGGCAGUGCUGCACAUUGCUCUGCGGAACCGGUCAAACACACCCAUUCUAGUGGAUGGCAAGGAUGUGAUGCCAGAGGUGAACAGGGUCCUGGAGAAAAUGAAGUCUUUCUGCCAGCAAGUACGAAGCGGUGACUGGAAGGGGUACUCGGGCAAGCCCAUCACGGACGUCAUCAACAUUGGCAUUGGCGGCUCUGACCUGGGACCCCUCAUGGUGACAGAAGCCCUUAAGCCAUACUCUUCAGGAGGUCCUCGGGUUUGGUUUGUCUCCAACAUUGAUGGGACCCACAUUGCCAAAACCCUGGCUGCCCUGAACCCUGAGUCAGCCCUGUUCAUCAUCGCCUCCAAGACCUUUACCACCCAAGAGACCAUCACGAAUGCAGAGACGGCAAAGGAGUGGCUUCUCAUGUCGGCCAAGAAUCCUUCUGCAGUUGCGAAGCACUUUGUUGCCCUGUCUACCAACACGACCAAAGUGAAGGAGUUUGGAAUUGACCCUCAAAACAUGUUCGAGUUCUGGGAUUGGGUAGGAGGACGCUACUCGCUGUGGUCAGCCAUUGGACUCUCCAUUGCCCUGCACGUGGGAUUUGACAACUUUGAGCAGCUGCUCUCGGGGGCUCACUGGAUGGACCAGCACUUCCGCAUGACGCCCCUGGAGAAGAACGGUCCCGUCCUGCUGGCUUUGCUGGGUAUCUGGUACAUCAACUGCUUUGGGUGUGAGACGCAUGCCCUGCUGCCCUAUGACCAGUACCUGCACCGCUUUGCUGCCUACUUCCAGCAGGGUGACAUGGAGUCCAAUGGGAAGUACAUCACCAAGUCCGGCUCCCGUGUGGACCACCAGACGGGCCCCAUUGUGUGGGGGGAGCCAGGGACCAAUGGCCAGCAUGCCUUCUACCAGCUCAUCCACCAAGGCACCAAGAUGAUACCUUGUGACUUCCUCAUCCCGGCCCAGACCCAGCACCCGAUAAGGAAGGGUUUGCAUCACAAGAUCCUCCUGGCCAACUUCUUGGCCCAGACUGAGGCUCUGAUGAAGGGGAAGUCGACAGAGGAGGCCCGGAAGGAGCUUCAGGCUGCGGGAAAGAGUCCGGAGGACCUCGAGAAGCUGUUGCCCCACAAGGUCAGCACUUCUCCUGAAGUGGGCUUUGGGUGGCCUAGGGGAUUGGAAGGAUAAAGUUGUGGGGCCGAG